AUGUGUCGAUUCCUCGUAUACAAAGGCACAGAGCCUAUUCAGCUCUCUCACUUGGUCACUAGACCAAAACACAGUAUAAUCAACCAAGCAUUCGAAAGUAAAUUGAGAAUGCCAAGUAGUCGACCAAUGAACGCAGAUGGUUUCGGUAUAGGAUGGUACGAUCCCCUCCCAACUCCACCUACUCUAACCCUUCCUCGAGCGACCAGCAUACCCGCACCUCCCGAACCUACCACACCGUUAGAGGGUCAACAUUCCUCCCAUUCCCAUUCAUCGCAUUCCCAGGAAUAUAUACCUACUCCCGUACCUCCCAAUGAUCCUUCGCAGGAUAUCCAAGUGGAUCCAUUAGCCGGAUUAGAUCAGACAUCUGUAGAAAUACUGAAAGCUAGAGAGAGGGAGAGGGAGUUGGAGAAUGAAAGACCAUGUUUAUUCAAAUCUAUACAUCCUGCUUGGAGUAAUGCGAAUUUGACGAGGCUGGCAGAGAAGAUACGGAGUGCUUUGGUCUUUGCGCAUGUCAGAGCAUCCACAAUGGCCGGAGCCCCCUCCGAGGACAACUGUCAUCCAUGGAUGUUCGAUAAACUCAUGUGGAUGCAUAACGGAGAAAUCAACGAAUUUAGGAAAAUCAAAAGGGCUGUACAACAGUCUCUACCUGAAGAGUUGUUCUUGUAUCCUUCUGGAUAUACAGAUUCCGAAUGGGCAUUCAUGAUUUUCCUCUCCAAGCUCAAAGACCCUCACGCUCGAUCAUUCUCACAUGUCGAACUUAGAGAUGCAAUGAUGGAGACUAUACGGUUCAUCAACAAGCUUUCGAAAGAGGCUGGCAUAACUGGACCUAGUCUCAUGAACUUCGUGGUUACCGACGGUGAGACAGUAGUAGCUACAAGAUACAUCUCUUCACGAACUUCCGAGGCAUCAUCUCUAUUCUUUUCCUCCGGGACUUCUUUCGACGAGUAUCAAGAAGGCGGUCUGUACAGAAUGACCAAAGCUGAUAAAAGGGAAAAUAUCAUAAUGAUCGCUUCUGAGCCAUUAACAUUUGAGAGAAGUGAUUGGAUGGAAGUUAAGACUAACACCAUGAUUGUUAUAACACCUAAGAUGAACCUCCUUCAGAUACCUAUCAUAGACGAGUACUGGGUCACACCGCAAGAUCCAGCUGCUUUGACUAGAUCUAGAGAUUUCGCUAUCAAAAUGGGCUUUGGACUCGGUUUCGCUUCGGAACAAGCUAGAAAGGAAGACGUAUCCGCUUCUGCCUAG